AUGUUGACUGAUAGAAUUCACGCGGUUUCCCCUGCUUUCCUACAAAACAGAGUGAGAGAAACACACAGCGAUUUGGACAAGCAACAAGACGGUUUUGGUACUGUUGUGAGUAGCUGCGGCACCGUCGUUGGAAGGCAAAGGUGUGAGGAACAGAGGCACAGGUUAUAAACAUGGCUGCUUCAUCAUCCCCUUCUCAAGAAAAGUAUGAGGUGUUUCUCAGUUUCCGAGGCGACGACACCCGUGUUGGUUUUACUGGAUAUCUUUAUAAUGCUCUGUGUCAAAAGCGUAUCAACACAUACAAAGAUGAUGAAAACCUUGAGAGUGGACAUAAGAUAUCAGAAAUUGAGGAUGCGAUUAAGGAAUCUAAGAUUUGCAUAAUAGUUUUCUCCGAAGAUUUUGCAUCAUCCACAUGGUGCUUAGAUGAAGUGGCUCGCAUACUCGAAUGCAAGAGAGAUGGAAAUGAUAUCAUACCCAUUUUUUAUGGCAUAGAACCAUCCAUUGUACGGAAACAGGAGCAGAGUUAUGCAGUAUCAUUUGGUAAACAUGAACAACGUUUUAAGGACAACAUGGACAAGGUGCGACGUUGGAGGGAUGCUCUCAAUAAAGUGGCUGCUCACAGAGGUUAUGAUUCAAAGAAUAAAAGCCCUGAAUACAAGUUUAUAGAUGAAAUUGUUGAAGAUAUUUUGUCGAAGUUGUGUAGAUACCCAUCAACCUGCGAUCACUCCAAGCGGGGCUUGAUUGGAAUUGAAAAUCGUAUCAAGGAAAUUGAAGAAUUGUUAUGCAUGGAGUCAAUGGAUGUUCGCACCAUAGGUCUUUAUGGCAUGGGCGGUAUUGGAAAGACCACCCUUGCUCUUGCUGUAUUUCAAACGUUAUCUCAUCAUUUCGAAAGUCGUUGCUUUCUUCGCAAUGUUAGAGAAGAAUAUGAGAAGCAUGGCAUAACGGAAUUGAGAAAGCAACUUCUUUCCCAACUGUUCUAUCAUGAUAAAACUAUUCCAAGCUUGGAAUCAACUCAUCUUCAAGAGAGACUCUGCCGCACAAAGGUCCUUAUAGUUUUAGAUGAUUUGGUCGAUGCAAUAUCCCAAUUAAAUGAAUUGUUACCUAAAGAGUACAAGCUAGGUGCUGGAAGCAGAAUCAUUGUCACAACUAGGAAUGCACAAUUGGUUAGAUCAAGGACAGACAAAGUUUACGAGGUUAAGAGGUUAAAUGAUAUUGAAGCUCUUAAGCUCUUCCGCUUACACGCUUUUAAAAAUAAUUGUGUUCUUGAAGGAUACGAAGCUUUAUCAAAAAGUGUGGCCGAUUAUGCAUAUGGCAAUCCAUUAGCUCUUGAAGUCUUGGGUUCUUCACUUCACUCCAAAAGUGUAGAAGAAUGGAAAAGUGCAUUGGAUGAGCUGCAAAUGGAGCUGAACCCGAAAAUUGAAGAAGUGUUGAGAAUAAGUUUUAACCAAUUAGGCAAAAAAGAUAAAAAGGGCUACACUCCCAUCCAGGAUGUAUUUCUUGACAUUGCAUGCUUUCAUGACGAUGGCGUUGAUAGAAAAUUUGUAGAAAACAUGAUACAUGAUAGUGGUGCGACCAAAAAAAUAAGUGAUCUCAUUGAUAAGUGUUUAAUAAUUGAAGAUAGCAACAGCUUGUCCAUGCAUGCUUUAGUACGACAGAUGGGCAAGGCAAUUGUUUAUGAUGAAAACAAAGAACCAGGACAACGUAGUAGGCUGUGGAAGGCUCAGGAUGUUCGUCAUGUAUUGGAGAGAAAUACGGGAAGCUGUACAAUAGAAGGCAUAUCAUUGAACCUGUUUCAACUUGAAAAGGAUGUUAAAGUGAGGCCUACAGCACUCUCAAACAUGCACCAUCUACGAAUUCUUAGAUUUUUUGAUGCUGCAUUUGAUUGUGAAGGCAAAUUCAGGGAGAGAUUAGGAUGGGCUCCUUGCAAUAAAAUGUAUCUUCCUCUUGAAGGUAUUGAAUAUCUUUCCGAUGAGUUAAGGUAUUUACAGUGGGAUUCAUACCCUUCAAAAUAUUUGCCAUCAAAUUUUAAUCCAGAAAAUCUUUUUGAACUUGUUAUGCGUGGGAGCCAACUUGUGGAGUUACCUUGGAAUGAUGACCAGCCCAUUAAGAAUUUGAGGAUGAUCGAUCUUAGCUAUUGUGAGAGCCUUAUUCAAAUACAAAAUUUGUGUGGGGCUAUAAAUCUUGAAAUGAUAACUAUUCAAAGUUGUCCAAGUUUGGUUCAAGUUCCUUCACGGUUUAAGAAUCUGAACAAGCUUUGGUAUCUAGAUUUGCAUUGCUGUAAGAAUUUGAAAGAUGGCUUCGAAAAUCUUCCAUUGAAUAUAGAAUAUUUAUCAUUGAAUGGGACGGCAAUAGAAGCAUUGCCCUCGUCAUUUCGGGAUUUUGAGAAACUUGAAGAAUUAGAUGCGGGAUAUGCUAAGAAUCUGACAGGUGGCAUAGAAAAUCUUCCAUUGAAUAUAAGGGUGUUAUCAUUGUAUGGGACGGCAAUAGAAGCAUUGCCCUCAUCAUUUCGGGAUCUUGAGGAACUUGAAUAUUUAGAUUUGGGUCAUUGUAAGAAUCUGACAGGUGGCAUAGAAAAUCUUCCAUUGAAUCUCCAAACUUUAUUUUUAAUUGGUUGUACGAGAUUGAAAUCAAUACCAGUACUUCCAUCAGGUUUAGAUUUUUUGAAUGCAAGUAACUGCACAUCGCUGGAGACAAUGUCAAGUUGGAGCGAUAUUCACCAAGUUGAAGGACUAAGGGAAGACUAUAGUUUUCUUUAUCGUCAGGCGGUGUAUCCAGGAAAUGAAAUCCCCGAGUGGUUGAGCCAUCAAACUGAUGAUGGGAACCCACUCCAUAUUCACCUUCCCCCCAAUUGGUUCCCUAUUCACUCUCCCCUCUUCGGAUUUACUUUUUCCGUUGUUUUUAGGGUAUAUGGAUAUGUGUCUUCUGCUGUAAUCCGUCUUGAAAUCAAUUUAAAAACCAACGUCAACAGUGAUGACCGUCAUUAUUGGACAGAACGCAAUUUACUUUACGAUUUCCGGCCCAAAAUGUAUCGAUCUGAAAUGGAACGUGAUCACGUCAUCAUAGCGGACGUGUAUUUAGAUUUGGAAAAGUUGUUUGGGGAAGAGUGGUCCUCUGUUUGUUGCAAUGUCACCGAGGCUUCUUUCCGUGUGUAUAUAGAGGGGAUUUGGGGCAUCGAUUGGGAGAUCAAAAAGUUUGGAGUGGGAUUGUUGGCAAAUACGUGGGGUACUGCAAGGAAAAGUAAAAGACGAUUUAGUGAAUGCAGUGAUCAAGCCAGUGGAUACCAAGACAAAGUUGACUCGCAUGAUCCUCACGCCAACUCCAAGAGAAUCAAGGCCCAAUCAAAUAAUUAGAUUGUGUGAAAUGCAGAGGAGAACGUCACUAGGCAAAACACAUGGAUGGCUCUGCUUCAGGAUUCUCAAGGAUUUAGAAAUGCAAAAUUUCAGUAAAUAUGCAUCUGUACCAAUGCAAUAAUGUGGAAAAUUGUCCUGCUUUUGGUGUCAUUAAUUUUUUUUGUUUGGCUAUUUUAAAUGAUGGUGUUGGGUGAACAAAUACUGCAUCUUAAUGAUUUCUUAUGCUAUCGAAUUAAGUAACGAGAUUGGCCAUA